AUGUCCGAACAAAGUACACAGCUAAACAAAUUCCUUGAAUUGCGAAGUAUCUAUAAAUACCACAUUGAUUUAUAUAUUGCAUUGUAUCAACUUAAAACUGAAAAAGAAGAAGAAUUAAAAACAAUUUACCAAAUGAUCAAAACAGAAUUGAUUGAUUCAAUGAAAUAUCUUCCCACAAAUGUAAUAAAAGAUAUUUUAAAUAUUAUUCCAUAUAAUAAUCGCUAUGCAAAGUCAUAUUUAUCUCUUGCCAAACUCAUAUUUGAUGAAUAUCAUGUCAAAGAGGUCAAUAAUGUCAUAAGUAUUUCACACAACCUAUUUUUCGAAGAAUAUGGAAUUUUAUUAGACAGUUUUUUUGAUUUCAAAAAAUUUAACUCAAAAAAUCUCGAAAUUCAUACAGAAAAUACAAUUUACAGAGCAAUUAUGAAUAAUGACUUAGAACGAUUCAUCAUUUUCACAGAAACAGAAGAGUUUUAUGAAAAACAAAAACUUAAAAGCGAAUUAUAUCCAUAUUCUAUUAAAGGAUAUUCAUUACUUGAAUUAUGCUGUUACCACGGUUCUGUUGAUUGCUUCAAGUUAUUAAGAACGAAAUUUAACUCAGAAAUCACUCAAAAAUGUCUAGAAUUAUCAUUUUUAGGAAGAAAUGCAGAGAUCAUGAGUGAAUGUUUGAAAUAUCAAAAACCAGAUAAAGAAUGCAUGGAAUAUGCAAUCAUUUCACACAAUAUUGAUUUUGUUACAUUCUUGAUGAAUGAGUACAAUAUAGAGAUCAGUUUAGAUUAUUGUGCAAAGUAUAAUAAUCUUGAAGCAUUUUUAGUUUAUUUCGAUCAAACUAAUGAUAUUAAUCAAUGCUUUGUUUAUUCAGUGAUGUUUAAUAUUCCAUCCCUUUUCGAUCAUUUCCUUUCACUUGAUGCAAAUAUUAAUGAGAAAAAUAAAAAUGGAGAAACCGUUCUUCAUAUCGCAGCUAAGACAAAUAGUAAAGAAACGGCCGAACAUCUUAUAUCGCAUGGUGCAAAUAUUAAUGAAAAAGAUAAAAAUGGAAAAACCGCUCUUCAUUAUGCAGCUAAGACAAAUAGUAAAGAAACGGCCGAACAUCUUAUAUCGCAUGGUGCAAAUAUUAAUGAAAAAGAUAAAAAUGGAAAAACCGCUCUUCAUUAUGCAGCAAUGGCAAAUAAUAAAGAAACGGCCGAACAUCUUAUAUCGCAUGGUGCAAAUAUUAAUGAAAAAGAUAAAUAUGGGAAAGCCACUCUUUAUUAUGCAGUAAUGGCAAAUAAUAAAAAAACGGCGGAACUUCUUAUAUCGCAUGGUGCAAAUAUUAAUGAAAAAGAUAAAUAUGGGAAAGCCACUCUUCAUUAUGCAGUAAUGGCAAAUAAUAAAAAAACGGCGGAACUUCUUAUAUCGCAUGGUGCAAAUAUUAAUGAAAAAGAUAAAUAUGGAGAAACCGCACUUCAUAUGGCAGCAAAGGAUAAUUGUAAAAAAACGGCGGAACUUCUUAUAUCGCAUGGUGCAAAUAUUAAUGAAAAAGAUAAAUAUGGAGAAACCGCACUUCAUAUGGCAGCAAAGGAUAAUUGUAAAAAAACGGCCGAACUUCUUAUUUCACAUGGUGCAAAUAUUAAUGAAAAAAAUGAAGAUGGAGAUACCGCUCUUCAAAUCGCAGUUAGGAGAAAUAGUAAAGAAACAGCCAAACUUCUGAUUUCACACGGUGCAAAAAAUGAUGUUACUACAUAA